GAUGGCGCGCACCAGUCCUGCGGCGACGUCGCGGUCGCAGCACGUGUGUACGAGUGUAAAAAAUAAUUAAAAUAUUAACGCCCUUGUAAUUAACCGACGUUACUUGUGCCUAUCAUUUAUUGGUUGUCAAUGCCCGUAGUUUUUGAACGAAGUUUAAAAUACUACAGACGUGGAAAAGAAUCAAAAGAAUUAUUAAAGUUUGUUGAUAAAUAAUAAAAUUGCAUAAACAAAACAGCUCAAUUGUGAUAUUUGGGUGACGGCUUAUCGUUCGUAACGAACAAUGGAAACAUAUCGAGAGCUGAUAUAAGAAUAAAGUGGAUUUUUGAUUAGAUAACGAAAUAAACUCAUGUAUCGUCGUCCAAUACAAAGUGCAUCAAGAAAAUCGCGCACAAAUUGCGUUCAUCCUUUCUAUUCAAGUGUCUCAUGUGGGACUGCAACGUGAUUGUUGAUCGUAGCCGGGAAUGUGAAAACAAAGCACCAAGAUUUGUUUAUUUUCUUCGAAUAAUAGACAAUAAGUGACUCAAUUGCAGUAUGGGUAAUAGAACCGAAAUGGCUACGCCCGAAAACACCGAUGAAGAGAGCGGAGACGCGUUCACGGACGCUGACUUUGGCGAUUCCGAUGAUGAUCUCGUUGAACGGAAGGAUGAAACGAAAUCUUCCAGUAUACCCGUCAACGAAACAAUCAACACAACCCUGAGUAGUGAAAAUGACUGUAACGAAAGCGAUAUCAACGGUUUGGACGGUGUAAUUGGUGUGGAAAAUUGUGAGACGAAUGGUGAUUUGCAACAUAGUGAGGUGGAAACGGUUGACGCUCGGAAGGAUUCCGACGGUGACGAUAACCCUAUCCUUGGUAUCCUUGGAGACCAACACAAUCAUGCGGAGCAGCGGCUGGCUGCGCGGCGGGCUGCCCGGGCUGAGGCGCGCGAGAUCCGCAUGCGAGAGCUGGAACGGCAGCAGAGGGAACAGGAGGACCAUGCCGACAAGGCUUACGACAUGUAUGCAGAAACUGUGGGACGUCGAGGUGGAGCCAGGUUAGCCGCGUUGAGCCCGGCCGGUCUCCACUCGCCCAGACGGAGUUCAGAGGAUUCUGAUGAAGUGCUCAGUAUAAAAGACUUGAGGCACGAACUAAAAGAAGUGGAGGAGAAGUUCCGCAAAGCGAUGAUAUUGAAUGCUCAGUUGGAUAACGACAAGGCGGCGCUCGCCUACCAGUUGGAGCUGCUCAAGGAUCGGAUAGAGGAGUUGCAGGAAGAAUACGCGCAACUACAGCGUGAACACAAAGAGAAGUGCUCAUCGCACGAGCGGCUGAAGCGCGAGCACGCGGCGCUCGAGCGCGAGCUGGGCGCGGCGCGCGACGCCGUGCGCGCGCGCGACGCCGCCGCCGCCGACGCGGGCUUCGCCUUCGUGGACGCGGGCGACGCGGCGCCCGCGGCCGCCGGGGGCGCCGGGGGCGCCGGGGGUGGGGGCGCCGUGCCCGCGCUCGCGCUCGUCUCGCACCAGUCGCAGGCGCUGCUGGAGGACGGGGGCGAGGGGACGCUGGAUGUCCGGUUGCAGAAUUUAGUGAAUUCGAAGCAGGCAUUAGAAUCGGAAGUGCGCAAACUCAAACUGCAACUGAACGAGGAACGAGCGGCUCGACAGAACGGAGUAGCCUCACAUCACGAUCAGGACUAUGAGAACGAAGUGGAGACGCUGCGCAAGUGCGUGUCGGAGGCGAAGGGGCGCGCGGCGCGGGCGGAGGCCGAGGCGGCGCUGCAGGCCGGCGCCGUGGCGCGCCUCGAGGCGCAGCUGCAGCGCCUGCGCGCGCACCACGACGCGCAGGACGAGCGCGAGCAGGAGCUCAAGCAGGAGCGCCGCCGCCUGCAGCGCGAGGCUAGGGAGGCGCUCAAUCGCGUAGAAGAAUUGGAGACGGAGAACAGCCACCUCACCAAGCGGCUGGACAAGCUGAAGAACGCCAAGUCCGCUCUGCUCAAGGAGCUGUGACAGUGAUAGCCGUGUAGGGUGGCCACGGUUCCCGUUCGUGAAGGCGGUUAGACCCACCAAUUUUUUUGUUGUCACACUACUUUCGAAUUAUGUUUUCUCCAGUGUGGAUAAAACAUAAUACACCUUAUUUUAAAGCGGUUAGCGUAUGGAUAGUUCAAUUUUGACACCAAUAAACGUAAUGUCAAUAUUCAAUGGUUCAUAAAAGAUAAUCGUUUUAUUGUAUUUGGAUGGAUUGGAGAAGUUAAAACGCAAUGUAUAUUAUCCUGAAAAUUUUAUAUUGAUAUAACAAAUAAACAGCAACGCCUUCAUGAAUUUGACAUUUUUAACUGCUAUGUGUUAUUUUUAUGGAAUUGAUGUUUUUAUAUGCCGUUUAGCAAAUCUCGAGUAAGAUUUAUAAUACAAUAGGAAGCUCGUACAAUAUAAAUAUAUUGGAUGGUGAUGUUCAUACAUUGUAUUCAUUUAUAAUGCUAAAAGUAAAAAACAAUACAAUAAAAAAAUACUCUUAGUAUACGAUUCGACUUUUGGAGCUUCGAGCCUAUUUGCGGCACGAUCUGACACAUUUGCGUCGAGCUCAAUAUAUUUAUAUAUGUAUAGUCUGUGGUAUACAUUAGUUUGUAUUCCCAAAACAUUUGUAUAUGAAGUACGGAGCAAAGCAAUGGUGUCUAAAAAUUUUUGAAAAAAAAUAAAUAAUCAAAUUGAAAAAGAAAUUUGGAAAAACUUGUUCAUUGCCAUAAAAAUAACAUUUGCAUAAUAGAUAAUUAAAUAAUGUGUUACAGAAUGAUGUGGAAAUGCGAUUCACAUUAAUCAAUACUAUAUGCAUUUUAUAUUAAUCUUAGUACAUGAUCCAGCAGUGAUUUCUCACUUGUCUCAUUUAUUUUUAUUAUUAAUCGAAAUUUAAAUCGACUAGUCGUGAUUUAUUACGUGCAUUUCUUUUUAACACUUACUUCCAAUUUUCAAAAGUCAAAAACGACUCGAAAGUGUAUUUUGUUAAUACCAAUACAGAUAAAAUAGAAUAAAUAAAAAAUGCUGUAUAGUUAUUCAGUCAUAAAUAUUAAGCAUUCGAUAUAUAUAUUUUUUUUUAAACAAGUCAUAAUAAAUCUAGAAGCACUUGCUUUUCAUGGCAAUAAAUUUAGAAAUUUGAUUGAAGAAAAUAUUAAACAUUGCCAUUGUGAAAGAUUUUUUAUAUCUGUGCAAUUUGUGUAUAAUUUGUUACAUAGAAUGUUAAAAUGUGUACUGUAUAUCGAACAUGCGUGUAUAUUUUAUUUGUAAAUAAGUUUUUUUCGCUAUGUUUAAAUAUUACAUUAUUUGAUUUAUUUACGAAUUCUGGAUUACAAUCGAACAGCUCGUAUUUAUUGAUAGACAGACAGACAGUGUAGUGUAAAAAAUAGGAAAUAGAUAAAAACAAUUACACGAUGAAAUUCAUAGAAAAACAUCUACCUAUGUACCUAGCUAGAAUAUUCAUAGUAAAAUUAUGUCUAACUUCUAAUAUGAAGUUUUCAUAGAUCCUUAGCUCAAUAGAAACUUUAAUUCGUAUAUAAAAACUUGUAUUUAACUGUCAAAAUUGAAUAGUGUAACAUUUAAAGAGCGAGAUAGCCAUAUUUUUUUUUCAAAGUGUCAAACAGAGAUAGAUGUAGAUAUGUAAAAUUAACGGACUGUUUUUUGUAACGCAGGUCCUAAACGAUCAUGAGACAUGACAUGCAAAUUUAUCAAACUUACAUCCUUUACUUUGAAUACACUUUAAAUGUUCAAAUGGCUUAUAUUGAUACAUGUUUUUGUUUGAUGAAAUGCAUGUCAUGCAACCAGAUUGUCUAGGUUCUCCAUUACAUUUAGUUUUUAAUGUAUUGUAAAUUUGACCGUUGUGAAUGAUUUUGUAUAAUAAUUAUAAUUCAAUUUGUAUAAUCUAAUAAUAAUUGUUUUAAAUACACUUGAUUAUUUAUUUGUUACGAGUAUAAAUAUUUUUGUAGGUUAGAUAAUUUUUAUGUUUUAUUAGCUUGCCCAAUUUUCGCUUUCGACUAAUUUCGUAACUUGCCAAUAAAUGGAUCGCUUUUUAAAUUUAUAUUCGCAGGAAUCAUGUUAUAUUUGGAUAUGAAAUUAUAACGAGUAAAUACUUAACUGAUUUGCGAAAAGGUAUGGUACUGCCGUGCUGCUGUUUUAUUUGCUCGACUUGGCUAACAUACAUAACUAGUACACAAACACAUAAGAUAUGGUCAUGACAUAAAACCAGAUUUUUUGGAGAAAUUUUUUUAAUGCAUAAUUGAAGUUGCAAUUUCACUGAAGGUUAUAUAUGUCUCAGAUGCAAUAUGUCCAAUAAUAGCUUAGGAAUGUCUAACGUUUAGAACGCAUUUUAAUUAAAUGGUUUACAUUUUAGCAAUAUGUAUCUUUUAUUUGACGUCGUACAAUUAAAAAUAUGACUAUUUUGGUAAUUAUUCAACUGAUUAUUUGAAUUUAUUACGUAACAGGGUUUAGCAACUUUAUAUUGCAAUAAUUUUUGUGUCAAUAUUUGUGGUGUUUGACGUCUUGCUCAAAAUUGUGACAUUUGUGAUGUCGUCCAAUAGAUCUCUUCGGUUCAGUAUUGUACGAGGAAUUUAUUACUUUAGCGUUGUUUGAUGUAAAGUUUGGAAGUUACCACUAUGAUAUAAUCUUUAAACUAGACAGGUAAACGCGAAUGCCUUAUGAUGAUGUUUUUGUGGUGAGUGCAGUGCUUUGUAUUUGUUAGGCUUAUCACAUUCAGUGUUUAAAAUGGCAUUUGAUAUUUUUUACAAACACUAGCAGUUUUUCUAUUGAAAUUAUGAGGUUCGUAAAGGUGGCAAAGUUAAUGAUUUGUUUGCCUACUAAUUGCAAUAUUAUUUCAUUUGCAAACUCAAGUUGCAAUAAUUUUACUGUGAAGCGUCUUUUAACUUAAUCAUAUGUAUAUUUUGUGAUUAGAACUGGUUAGAAGUCACAGUUAAUGACUGUAACAUGACCCAAAAUCAUAUGCGUAGUGUUUAAGUAGGCAUUUUGUAAGGAUGGUGUAUUUGGUGCUGCAUUACUAAUUUAUUUGAUUUAAUGAAAACCCAUACGUUUUAUACCGAGCGAAAGCUGCGAAACUGACUUAAUAUUAUGUAAAUCUAUUACUUUUAAUAAACUUCGCCUGUAA